AUGGAGCCGCCCGACAAUGUAUUGCCAACAGUUGACGAAGCUGCGCCGCUUCUGGCACGGCACGAGCCAACCGCAUCGACCCAUGUGGGCAGUGGACCUGCCGAUCCAAGUGCCGACGAUACCACGCCGAGCGAUGGAAUGAAGUCGCUGCUGUAUCCUUCUUCCGUCUUCUUUAUAUUUGUCCUGUCCUUUGUCGCUGACCUUGGUGGCUCCUUGGUCGAUAUCCCCGAGGUCCGGCUGCUUGAGAUGGCUGUCUGUAGAGACUACUACCGCGAGCACGACCCGUCUGUCAUUGGCCCGCAGCCAGGCUCCUACGUGGACGAAAAUCUCUGCAAGGUCAACAAGAUCCAAGCUGAUUUGGCCUACAUUAGGGCUAUCAAGUCGUUGCUCAUGACGGUUCCAGCGGACAGAAUCGGCCGCAAACCUGUGGCAUUCUUGGGCAUGCUGGGCCAGGUAAUGGCGUACUUUUGGAUCGUCCUAGUCUGCUAUUUCCAUCAAGCCUUUCCCACGCGUCUUGUUCUGCUCUCACCAGCCUUCCUCAUCGUUGGUGGCGGAUCCCGGGUCUUGUCCGCCAUCAUGGCGACUGUCAUCGUCGACGUAGCACCUGAGAACAUGAGAACUACAAUAUUUUAUGCUUUCGGUGCCGGCCUCCUAGUAACGGACACUGUGGCGGCUCCAUUUGGAUCAUGGCUUCUAUCCAAGGGCCUCUGGCUACCGUUCAAGUUGAGUGCUCCUAUCAUCUGCCUCUCGUUUCCUCUGAUCCUCACAAUGCCAGAGACUUUGAUGGCCCGAAAGAAGGCGGAAGCUUCCAACGGCCAUCAGCCCAUCCAGGACCGAUCACCUAUUUCCCUCUUCCGACGGUGGAUUAGUGAUAUGCAGCAAGCCUUACGGAGCCUGCACUCUAUUGUCAUCUCUAAGAAUAUGGUGGUGUGCCUUUUUAUCCUCUUCUUAUCCGCAUUCUCUGGCAUGACGGGUGUGUUGUUCAUACAGUAUACUUCCAAACUACUGGACUGGUCCAUCUCUACUGCGGGAUACAUCUUGGGUGUGAAGUCUUUAGUCACAUUAUGCACACUGAUUGCUCUGGCCAGCCUCACGCAGAUCCUUGAACGAAGAACUGGAGUGCGGCCGCUCUACGUGGAUGUGUGGGUGAUUCGCUCCAGCCUAGCAGCACUCGCUGUUGGGGCAGUUUUUGUGGCGGCAGCCGAAGAGCCUGUGCUCCUAGUCGCCGGCUCUUUGCUGGGCUCGGCCGGAAAUGGCGUUUCACAAGCGCUCAAGGGUCUGUUAGCUACACUCGCAGACACGUCAUCGACGGGGCAGCUGUUUGCGGGGGCAGCUUUUCUCGAGUUACUAGCUCAAUUCGCAGGGAGCAUGACCUUUGCCGCGUUAUUUGAGGUCGGCCUGAGUCUUGAGUCUCUAUGGGGGCUGGGACUUCCGUUUUUCAUUAGUGGAAUACUGGAUUUCCUCGCUGCAGCCCUGUCCUUUACGCUCCCAGUUAGAUGA